UUGGAGCUUCUAUCGCUUGAGGUUUUAUAUCUGAGCGACUGUGUUGCUUUGACAAUAUUUGGCGCGAAGUGUAAAGUGCAGUGUUUACGUGUGUUUGCGUUAUGGCUGAAACUGUCAGGUACGAGAGGACAAUAGAUGAAAUUAGGACGGUGAUACAUCAUGCGAAGUUGGAAGAAAGUGAGUUGCUUCCUGUAACACAGAUUCUGAACUUCGCUUCCCGCAGCGAGGCAGUGGAAAACUAUAGAUUGUUUCAGUUGGACACGAAAUUACUAAAUACUCUAGAAGAAGGUGACAGUUUAGUUCUUCGCGGAGGGAAAGAAGAAAGCGCUGUUUUGUGCACACAAAACAAAACAUUUGAAAUAAAGGAAGCAGAGACUUCAAACUCGAUGUUGCUGCUUCCAGGGAUCUCUUGGUCACAUGAUGCUGACAUUGAUACAGAGGAUCGCAUCUUGGAUGAGCGUCAAGUUUUGGGUGUUUUCUACAAAUAUUUUGAACUGCAUCCAUCAAAACCAAAACUGAAGAAACUAUAUCAGCUUUUGAAGGAAGCACCUUAUCGCGGUCCAGAACUGGAAGAUGAAUUGGAGGGACAGUUGUAUACAUUUGACGAUCUUUUAGAGCAUGUGCAGGCGAGUGGAAUGGAACUGAAAGCAGCUCUCCAGGAGAUGCAAGCUGUAUGCAUAAAAGGUUUCUGGCGUAUUUUGGAACAUGACUAUCAUUUUCGAAUUGUGACCCAGAUAUUAAAUCUUGUUGAGCACAACUCUUGGCCACUGGAUAGUGUCAGCAAAUAUGAGACAUUGGAGAGUUUGAGUGAAUUAGUUCCACCUGAAAUAUUAAGCCAGUGUUUCGAAUGGUAUGCAGAGCCCACUGGAAAAAUGGACAGUGCUGGGAACCCACUGUACAAGUUACGUGAAAGAGAAGUGUGCAGGUUUUUAGCAGAAGUUUUGCUGCGCCCAGCUGGGCAGUUCAACCUGCAAGACUUCAUGCUGGCGUGGGGACAGUGUGUUCCAGAAGGUAUGGAGACAAAAGUGGAAUACCUUGAUGGAAUAGCUCUGAUGCAGAAGGAUUGCAAACCAGAAGUUAUUUGGCAUUUUCCUGAAGUUGAUCUGCCUGAGGACAUAAAUGAAAGAUUCCGUAUUCUGUUUCAAACUCGAGAGAGGUGGACAUUGAAUGAAAUAUAUCCAUACAUUGAGCGUGUUGCAACAGAAAAGAUGAAUGUAAACGCUGUGCUUACCAAGCAUGCGAGGGCUUCAACCGUUGGUGGUGUUAAGUGUUACAGUGCUAAACAUGCGAAAUGAAAUUCAUUGUGAUCACAAGAAAGAAAAGUCUAUGUUUGUGACACACAGUAUUUCAUUUUGAUUGAACCAGAAUUCUGUAGUGUCAGUUGGUAGACCACUUUAUCUUGUGGCUGUCAUGUGUUGUGCCCAGUAGCAUGUGUAUUUAAAUUCAUUUAAAUUUAUGUGCUAUAAUGAAGGGGUGUGAUUGUAUACAGUUGAUUCAUCUAGCACAAAUAGGAAAAGUCAAUGUAGAAGCCUUUAUUCUGAAUAACUACAUAUUACAAAAAUAGU